AUGAUUGCCAUCAUCGUCGUCGUCGUCGCUGUCAGUGUGAUUGGAAUAUCGAUGGCCACGCUGUUCUACGUGGCGAAGAAGCGAGAAUGGAAGAUUCGCGAAGGCAUACGGCGAUCCACGAAGAAGGUUGUUGCCGCCCUCACACCCCGCCGCACCGAAUUCCCCCGAAGCGUCAAGGACGGCAGCCCCAACUCAAAACGCCGCGUCAAGGUCGAAGAGGUCCCUCCCACUCCCCGCCUGCGUCCUGAAGACCUCGAAAAGGGCCUCGAGGCUGCCAAGAAGAAGCAGGCUCGGUGGGGAAGGUAG